GUCAGUUUCGACAUUUGGCUUAAAUGUCUCAAAAAAAAAUCAUCAUAAAUUGCGUUUUGAAUUAAAUUCUCAACUAAAAUAGACUAGUAAUGAUCGUUUGAUGAAUAGCGAUUAAGAAUGAAGGCGCAUUCAGGUCAGAUAUUAUCUGCAUUACGCAGCGCACUCAAAAAAUGGCAAUAGUCGAACGACAAACUUAGGCUUUCUUUGUUUGUUGGGGGUUCUAUAGAAAUUCUUUCCAUUCAUCUCUAUUUUUAUCCGUCCUUAUUACAUUAUUUUAUAUAAUACAGUCGAAGUGAAAUGCUCCAUUCCUCUUCCCUUUAAGUUUCAAAUCAAAUGUAAUCAUGGCAAAUAACUAUGCAUCGCUGAAUGAAGCCCCGGACUUUUAUGGGGAGUACGGGAUUCCACAUCAUCAUGUGGCCGAACCGAGAAGUUCUCAAUGGAACCACAUCGAAGACUUGGACUCGUUUUUCACCAGAGUCUACAAAUACCAUCAAAUGCACGGUUUCAAAUGCAUUGCAUUGAAAGAAAUAUUCGCGUUGCAUCGGUUCACCUUUAUUGCUGGCAUAACGUUCACCAUGCUGUACGCCUUCGACUACAAGUUGCUAUUCAAGCCUGAUAUUACUUCUGACCAGAAAUGGAUUUUCUCACUGCUCAUACCGUUUGAUCAAGUGAUGUCGAUACUGCCAUAUUUCGGGUGGUUUCUUCUUCUGGUCGUGACCGUCAUCUUUACGCUCAUUUUUAUCCGAAAAGUUCAGUCUCUCUUCAGGUAUUGGGAUAUUAAGCAAUUCUACAAUCAAGCCUUGAAUAUUGACGAUGCCGAUUUGGAUAAUUUAACCUGGCACGAUGUGCAAAAGCGACUGAUUCAGGUGCAAUCCGAUCUGCAAAUGUGCAUCCAUAAAAGCGAUUUGACUGAACUCGACAUCUACCAUCGCAUUUUAAGACAGAUUAAUUAUCUAGUGGCGCUGGUUAACAAAAGGAUACUGCCGCCCAGAAUCGAUGUACCUUUUUUGGGAGAAGUAGUCUAUUGGACGGAGAACUUGAGGCUCAAUGUGAUGUUCCUUCUUUUCUGGUCGCCGUGGGGGCCAUUCGAGAAUCCGUGGCAUUUGCGGGAUGAAUACAAAAGAGCUGCCAACAGGGAUAAAAUGGCCAGAAAACUUGGAAAUCAGAUUUUAUGGCUGUUUUUCGUCAAUCUGCUCCUCUGCCCGUUGGUUUUCAUCCCGCAGAUAAUCUUCUACUUCUUCAAUUACUUCGAUGCGGUCAGGCGGGAGCCUGGGCAGUUUGGGGUUCGAUAUUGGUCCAAUUUUGGGCAGCUCUACUUCCGGCACUUCAAUGAGAUGGACCACGAGCUCUAUUCCCGUCUAACUAGAGCCUACAAGCCUGCAACCAAAUACAUGAGCUCCUUUACCUCCCCUUUGCUGGAGAUCAUUGCAGAGCAUCUGUCUUUUAUUUGUGGCUCCAUCCUGGCGGUGUUCGUCUGUCUUAGCUUCGUGGACAAUGAGAUUCUCUACUGGAAUCAAGUACUGACCAUGCUGGCCGUUCUGACCGGCAUUAUAGGGAUUGCGCGCAGCCUGAGGUCGGACAAGACGUUAAUUUGGUGCCCUGAACAACUACUAGAAGAUGUUGUGCUGCACACUCACUAUCUACCGGGUGUUUGGCAGGGAUUCGCUCAUACUUCCAAAGUGAGGAGCUCAUUUCAACAACUGUUCCAGUAUCGAUUUGCCGCUCUGUUAGAGGAACUGCUCUCGCCCAUUCUAGUCCCCUACCUCCUCAUCCGGUACAUCUACCCCAGAAGACUCGAUCUAGUAGAUUUCUUCAGAAACUUCACUGUAUCCGUAGUGGGAGUUGGUGAUGUAUGCAGUUUUGCGCAGAUGGACGUUCGCAAGCACGGCAACCCGGAUUGGCAGGCCGAGCGCGAUGUGGAGUCUACGCAUGAAACUCCUCCUGAGAUUAACGACCAGUACACGCAGGCCGAAGACGGAAAAGUCGAGCUAUCGCUGAUGCACUUUACCAACACGAAUCCCAACUGGCAGCCGCCACCUGAAGCUGCGGACUUUGUCGACAACCUUAACAAGGAGACUAACCAUGUCUUCUUUAGCGACGAUAUAGGAGGUCUUUACGGUAUGCGGUCUAGCAUGGACUUUGGGACUCGGCAAGAGGAUGAAGAGGAUUUCUCGCUUCCUCAAUACGCGGCGGAUGCGCCUUCGCAAACGGCUUUCCGUCGCUCUUUUGGCGGAUUUCGCAGCUCCAUAUUGGCGGGCGGAGCGCCACGUCGCAGCAUGUUCAAUCAGCUAGCUGAAGGACCGGAUCUGUUCAGCAGCGCCCAGAAUAUGAGGGCGAGCACGAUGAUUCUCCAUAACAGGCAUGCUAUGAACCAAUCAGUAAGAGUGGUUCGAUCUGCCGAAGAAACCACACCACUGCUGUCUAGAAGAUAACAUCCACCACCCGUUUAACCAACCGAUUGGACAAUGUGAGACCGUCAAACGUGUACGUUUUCAUUUGUCGAUGGAAAUAAAACAACGUAUUUUUAUACAUAGGAAAAACGAUUGAGUGUAUAUUUGCAAAACGCGAACAUUCUACUUGUCGAUUAAUGUGCCUCGGAUUUUCUUCACUUCUUGAGCGGCGAUCACUUCGAGCUUUCGCUUGUUCAUCCCCUUUCUGUCCAGUUGCUUCUCGAUGAUUCGGGCAUUGUUUGCGUAACUGUCUGCCACUUCGCGCUAUAAACAUUGUAAAUGCAAUUAAGGGCGAUGCAUUUUUCGUUUUUAUGUGAUUAAUACUAAGAGCAAUUGUUGAUUGACUUUGUGACGAACUUUAGUAGGUAAAUAGUAUGAUAAAAUAGUACCUAACUAGUAUAAGAUGCAGUUUCCUAUGUUGAGUGUGGAAAUAAACUCUAGACAAGC